AUUGACAAAAAUGGGUUCAUUUCAGCGUAGGGGCAGUGAAGGCAAUUUCUCGUUUAGAAGUCGAGGGGGGUUCGAGAGAGGGACUCCUUCUUUCUCGCUUAGUCCCAUCUUCGACGAUAACGAUGGACUCCAGAUCCCGGAGGCGGGUUCUUAUUGACGACCGAUCCCCGGCUUCCGGAGCUGUGGAACGACCGGUCGUCGCCGGACCUGACGACGAUGUGCGAGGAUUGAAAUUCCGACCCUCCGAUGGGAAUGUGACUGAAGAUCAAGAGCCCUUCAUGGGCAUCAAGGUCCGUCGAAAAGCCUCUCUUCAUCGUGAUUACAAGGGGGAUUACAUCGAUGUGCCUUCCAAUCAGUACUUGAUGAAAAUCCUGCAAAAACAAGGUGAACAGAGUGUGCUUUUUGCAGAUAAAGUCUUGAAGUUCACUGCUUCUGGGAAGAUGAAAAGGCGGAUUCUUUUAAUAACAGAGUUCGCCAUCUAUAUCAUUGACCCAGAAACUGAUACCCUUAAAAGGAGGAUUGCCCUGGCUGCUGUAGAUAAGAUAUGUUUAAGCGAACUAAGUGAUAACUUCUUUACAAUUGUGAUUCCAACCGAAUAUGAUAUACUGAUGGCAAGUACUCGGAAAACGGAGAUUGUUACAGUUUUGGUUGAAGCCUUUAAGAGUUCAUCUGAUUAUGAACUUGAGGUUGUAUUCUCCAACAGGUUUGCAUACAAUGCCGGAGGUGAAGUGAUAAAAGAAAUUCAGUUUGAGGAAGUCGAAGGUGGUGUGAAAACAAGAAUUUUGAGGAAGCAGGAGUGAAUUAUGAUUGUUUUAUUGGUCAGUUUUUGAUGGAAGCAGUUCGGAUAUUUCUUUUCUUUUAGAAGUUAAAGAUUUGCUAGUGAGUAUUCUGCUUGGUCAAUUUGCAUCUGAUCAAAUUGAAAAGUUGUGUCCCUAUAUCUAAAUGCAAAGUUUUAGAAUAUAUUUGUAGUUGUCCUUAAGUAUUGAUUAUUGUAUUUGUUCAUUGUACAAAACUAGACUCAUGAUCUUUGGAUUCUGAAUUUGUAGAUUCUUGAACUGUUUGAAUCUGUAUAUGAAUCAGAAAUCAUUAUGAAAAUUGAUUGAACGUUGUAUUGAAAUAAGGCCACAUUCACAAUUCAAUAAUGAAAUUUCAUUCAUUGAUCAA